GCCCAGGCAAUUCAGAAGGACCCAUUGCUGAUGACAGCCGACCUGGAGGACCUGCAGUCCAGCUUGGUCUGGCUUGAGGAAUUCCUGUGGAAUCAGGACUGGGCUGCAGGCUUCGGCCGGGCGGCGCUGGCAGAGGCCAUUCAGAACAAGCCUUUCCUUCUCUAUCAGGGGGAGGAUGGGCUAGAAGGGACGAUU